UUUAACUUCCGGCUAGUAGAUACCUACCGUCUGAUGAACUAGUGGCAAACAAUGAUAAAUGAUGGCAAACGAUGACAUAAACACAGACCCGACUCUAAAUAUUGAUACAAACCUGUUAGAACAAUAGGCCUACCCAUGUUCUUAGUUCACGAAAGAGAAAAACAUAUUUCGUUAACGGUAACUUUGGACAUGUCCCCCAUGUUUGGUUGACACCAUCUGAUAGAAGUAAAAUACUGUUUAAAGCGACCCUAAAACUAUUCGCUCACUCACUGUCCAUCGUGUUGUCACUGAGGGUCAGCCUGUUGUGAUCGAGUUAAGUUAUCGGCUACGUAGGCAGCGUAAGAUAAACACGGGGGAGGAGCAGAUCACAUAAACAGACAGACAGCCUGGAGAAAAACCUUGUCUAGUGUUAAUCUGCCUUAUUCCCAGUGUGCAGCCCCGAAGAAACAUUUGUGAUUGAGUCAUCAAGACUAACGUCUUUCCACUUGUACAAAGAUGAGUUAAUUAAGAGAAUUUUCGCCUACAGUCGACGCGAUAAACGUUGGACGUUCCUCGGGCGGAGGGGCGUUUCCAUAGCAACCGUCUAAUAUCAGUAAAUUGCCAAGAAUAUUGAUUUAGAAAUUCGCCUCUCUUUUUUCCACCGGUCACCGCUAGACACGCCUGUGUGGUUCCCCUCUCCUUGACGUUACUGAGCGGAGUGUCCGCUUCUCCCUUUGAUUCCGAUAUGUAUCCGAGUUAAUUACUCUCGAAGAUGCACUCCAAUGUUUGGCACAGUUUCUCCUUCACGCGCUAUCGUGUAUCACAGCUAACUGCUCGGAAUUCACUGUCAGAAGAACCCGCCGUUCGCCACAGCGCGCCCUCGCCGAGUAGCAGACGAUCCGUUUGCAUCGUCUGCUUGUAUGGAUAUGAAAACGAGGCCCGCCGUGUUGCGAGAGGUGAUGGAGCCAUCCAGAUGCGUUCGGAGUGCUGUGAGGUUUAGUAUGUGUGUUCUGCUUUGUGACUGUUCUCUCCCGGUGUUGGAAUAUGGUUGUAUUGAAGCCAGUUCCGAUUAAGUGUCGAUCUGCGAUCGGAGGACGAUGUGGGACGAACAGGGUUAAGCGGCGAGGGACCGAUCUCCCGUUCACUUGGAAACCAUGCUGCGGAAGAAAAAGGUGUCCCCUGUAUCGGGAGAACUGGUUAUCUUAACACUGUGUUUGGUCCUUGUUAUGAUUACUUUGUCCCAGAUACUGGUCGUUCAUCACAAGUUUAGCGGCAAGUACACGAGAGUUGUCCGGCCAAAUAACCCCAAAGCUCGCAAGGAAUUGCGUCAGUUGGAGCGCAGUAUCGCUGCCCUAAUGAGACAAAAUGUUCCAUCUAUAGAACAGAAUAAACAAAUACUUCAGAGCCAAGUGUUUGCCAGUAGAAUAAAAGACAUAAUCUUCAGAGCUUCCAUGGAGGCUAACGCGUCUAUCACUGCCAGUGUUUCGGUACCAACGAAAGUCAUGCUUGCCCCAGCCUCGCGGGACAACACGGGGCUGACAGACCCCAGCUUCCAAGGAGAUCAGAAUGGAGGCAUUCAUGGGAGUGCCACUCUUACAUUCAAAACUGGGAAUUUAUCAGAUAUUAUGUGUGGAGCUAUACCAGACGGCCUUGAGGGACCUUUAAAUGUAAAUGCAAGUCACUCCCAUGACGACAUCAAGCUUGUGGACGUCAUUGAGGAGAACGUGGACAUCCAGUACGGCGGCAAAUGGAAGCCCUCGUCGUGUUACGCAAGAUACCGUGUCGCCAUCAUCAUCCCCUACAGGGACAGACUUCAUCAUUUAGUUGUGUUGCUAGCGCAUCUAUUACCCAUUCUUAGGAGACAACAGCUAGACUUUAGGGUGUUCGUUGUAGAGCAGUUCGGCAAUGCCACAUUCAACAAGGGCCGGAUAAUGAAUGCUGCCUUUAAAGAAGCGCUCAAGAUAUUUGACUUCCAGUGUGUUGUCUUCCAUGAUGUAGAUCUUAUACCUGAAGAUGAUAGGAACAUGUACUCGUGUCCAUGGCAACCACGCCACAUGUCGGUUGCUAUAGAUGAAAUGAACUAUAGGUUAAAGUACGAUAUAUUAGUGGGAGGUGUACUCAAUCUCCGUGUAGAACAUUAUCAAGAGCUGAAUGGCUACUCCAACAUGUACUGGGGCUGGGGCGCCGAGGAUGACGAUAUGGCGUACAGAAUUUUACAUGUUGGUUUUAAAAUCACGAGACCACCAUCCACGAUAGCUCGGUAUAAGAUGAUAAAACAUCAGAAGCGGCGACCAACAUCAUGGCAUACAAGGUCGAAACUUCUCCACACGGCCGUGAAACGCUACAAGAUGGACGGUCUAAACAGUGUGAGCUAUACACUGAUGUUUGUUCACGACGAAAGACUGUUUACACACAUAAUGGUGGAUGUUGGAAAGCCUUGACGAUGUUUUGUGAUGUAGGUAAUUCAUGAGGCCUUCAUUCACGUGUGACCUCUCAGGUCAAGGUCAAGGUCGAGAUUGCUGUCCUUAUAGCCACAGUGACUGCCACUCUGUAAGGACACGAGGAAUGUGAAUGAUCCAGGGAAUAAUAAUCAGGAACGAAUAUGAUCGGACGUCAAGGUCAAGGUCAAGGCCUUAAAAGAAUUGUGAAAUGUGUGACUCGUUGUGUGAUGACAGGUGAAAUGUAUUCAUUAAGGCCUUUGCAGUAUUUUUGUGUGAAUGCGAGAUGAAAUCCUGACAUAAUCAGAGACAACAGAACAUAAUCCCGAGACAGAGAGAUGGAUAAGGAUGGAGGAAAACAUUCGUGGGCAAAUGUACCCAUCUGGUGGACAAACUGGCAGUGGAAUGAGGUAUUCAAUAUAAUGGACGUCACAAUGAGUGUCAGAGUGAUGUCACAGCCCUCUCUUUGUGAUCAUGCCAAACAUCUCAUGCAUUAAUUUAUUCAAACAGCUGAUCCAAUGCAAUGAACCAAAACACUUUAUAUCGGUGGUGCAUACUUAUCAUAAUUCUGGUGCAAAUGCGACUGCAACUGCAAACAUGUGCGUGUCUGUACGAUGUGUGACGUCAUGCUCGCUGUGAUGCCUGCCGGGACGGUGUGUACUGUCAUCAUGGUGUACUGUACUCAGGUGUACUGCUUGUCGAUGUAGGCAUCAGUGCGGACUGAUCAAAACAGUAUUUAGAAAGUUUGAUUUCUGACAUGAGAUCCCAUCACUGGGUGGGAGAUGGUGAGAACGUUUUGAAGAUCCAAACAAUUAGUGUUCGGAAACAGCAUAAUCAAGGCUGUGUGUUCCAAAAAACGCUGAAAACGUGGGUGGGUUGAUUGGUCGUUGAUCAGAAUUGUUUGUGACGGGUUUUUUCUGUGACGUGAUAUCGACCUUGUCUGUUACUUCCUGUCUGCUGGACUUGGUAACGUCAUGUACAUUUCACAACCUCCAGUACGUGAAAUAUGUGACAGGAACACUGCCACUGACAACCCUUACGACCUCUUCACACCCGAAUGAUUGGCAGGUGCGUGUUUCAGUCUGUCAGCGGCAUGCGCUGUCGUUGGUGAAGACAAACAGACACAGCUGGUGGAUCCGCUAUCGUCAAGUAUAUCGCCUACUUUACACAAGAUUGACAGAUGCGAAAUCAGCAGGAGUCAGUUUCAGGGAGGGAAGCAUCACUUGAGGCUUAUCUUCGUUUACCAGCAUAACACACUUUGAUACUUAUUUACAGUUUUGUUUCCAACUCUUAUUUAUGCGAAUGUGUGGUUUGGGUGUGACGUCAUUAUAUCAAUGUGCCAAAUUUGGGAAUGCCUAGUCAAACCUGCUUCCAUAAGCAUUAUAUUUCUUUUUUCCAUUACAACCAAAAUAUCCGGAUACAAUCGUCGGGUACAAAUAUUCAACAUGAAUCUCGAUAAUGAAUAUGUAAUCAAAUAUCUAGUCAGCAAGCUUUUUAACAAAGGAAAAUGUAUAUUAUUGUUACGUAUUCUUCACUACAUGUUACAAACAAUUGAUCAAUAUUGCUAUCCAUCUUCGUACUGACAGGGUAUUUUUCCCUUGUUGCAACCUGUAUCAUGUGAUCAGUGGGCAAAUAUUGCUGAUUAGUACACCUGCUAAAUCAAAUACACUGUAUACACACAAUAACAUUGUAUUAAUUAAACACACAUGUUGUAAACUGAAAUAUCAAUAAUAUUCGUCACUUGGCUGGUAAUUUUGUCCAAAUGGUCUUGCUGUUCAAGACAUCUGUUUAACGUAUUUGUUGUGUUAUUUUAGGCCAAUCUUAUUAAUCGAUCCGUAGCAGGUGUCAAACAAGUAAUGUAUCCUAUGUUAUAUGGAAAGAGUGCAAUGUACACUGUUGCUCAUUUCACGUCAUGAACACGUGCACGAGAUUGUCGUGAAACCUCCUGCUAUGGCUCUUAUAUAGCAAUCAUCACAACGGUUAAAGAACAUAUUGACCGGGUCCCAUUGACCAGUGAUCACUUUUACCAGAGUCUAGCGGUUUUACUGCCACGGUUUUUUAAUAUAUAAUUUUAAAGGAAUUAUAAGGAAUAAUUCGUAUUUUAACAAAUUAAAUGCUUAAUACGACAAAUAUACGAUUGCUGCACACAUUUCCUAACACUCACUAAAGUGACAACUACUGUCUAGCAUCAUCCUUCAGUUCAACAAUAUACACUUUGCAUUAAAGGUUUGCUUUUUAACACGAAUCAUGAAAAUAUAUAUGUGAUGGUUUCGUUGAGUUAUGACAACAUAUUUCCGCUUUGCUAUUAAACAGAAACCUUCACCAUUAUUUCUACAUGCUUAUGAUUCAUCACAGAUUUGUUUUGACAAAUAAUCCUAUUCCUGUGUGUGAUCUUAUUUUUGUUUAAAAUCAAAGGAUCUGUGUUUGGUUGGAAUGUAUGUGAUAAGUAUACAUAUCACAUAUCGCCAUACGGUGUGAUCAGUCAUUUUAUGCUACAACUCAUCCACGUUGUACACUACAAGAGUCACGGUUGUAUAUACCAGGUGUUGUACUGGUGUGUAUUGUUGAUUGUUAUAUAUCAAACAUACCUGUGAACGAGGGAGGGCACGGAGGAUGUAUGUUAUGUGCCUUACCGAUGACACAUGUACAUGUACAUGCGCUAUUAACACUAUCUUAUUUCAGAUUUGAUUGACAUUUGUGCUUGUGCCAAUACCAUGUAGCAGGUAUAUGUGGAUGCGGCAGUAUGUUGAAUUUGCUAAUGGCAAUAUUUGACAUCAAACACGACUCACUGGGUCAAUAGAAACUUAUUUACCUGGCGUGGGGAGGAAAUCUCUAAUAUUGGUGAGUGAUUUGGUGUGACGCUGCUUUCAACAGUAUUACGUUAUAUCACGGCGUGUCUGUUUCGUGGGGGAGGGAAGCCCGAAGUGAUGUAGAUAUUAGAUGAGGAAACCCACGAGCUCGGGUAUGGUGCUGACUGACCUAGAGACAAUAUCAGGGAAAAUCGUGACUAGAAGCACGUCAUGGGUUUCUGGCGUGCUCAGAGACGCAACUCUCUCGACCGAAAUGCAGCGCUUUAGACAACUAGCCUUCAACGUCCCUACUUUAAUUAUGACAUUAGUGGUAUUUUGAAUCAGUGUAAGAGCAAGGCCCAAAGCACCUCAGAAAUGAGGUGUUGUCAUUGUAUGAUUUUCUCACCUGGAAAUAGAGGCCGUGUCGAUUGUACAUGGUCACACUCUGUUAUGUGUUAGUGUGAUUUGAUCAUAUUUCAUUUAUGGCCGGCAGUUUUUGAUGGACCUGUGUGAAAGUUAACACAUCUGAUGUGAUACAGCAAUCAUUUUAACGCAUCAGAAUAUUUCCUGCGAUCGUUUGAAAACUCCGCUUGAUAUUCGUUUGAUGGAAUUAGAAAACACAUGCAUGAGUUAACAAAAUGCUGGUUUCGAAUCCCCAAGAGAGUUUCUUGUAAACGGGUCUAAAAUGUUAAAAUUCCCCCGCGGACCAGUUAGCAAAUGUAAUCGAAACGUUCAUUACUGGUAAUAGUUGUUAUUGCAUUUUUGUUGAUCAGUUGGUCACGAUGACAUUACAGUCAGAUCGUGUAAGAUACCACUCUCCGUGAUCUGACAAUCUCCGGUUUCAUUUCUCUACCACUCAGAUUCGAGACUUUCAGCAAAAGAAAUUACAAUUUAUUCGUUAAUACUCCCUUUGGGUGUAUGGGAACGGUUAUUUGAUGGACCAGCCGCUGUUAUGCACAUGGAAAGUGUUAUUAAUCGCAUACGUUCUUUUUCUUAAACAAAUAUGAAAUGCUUGGUGAAUGCUUAGGCCAUUCAAUAAUUCAUUAUCCUCGACUCUGUUUUGAAAGUUCAGCUGGGUGUAAGAUCAUCUUAUUGGGGCAAAAGAUCUGAACUUUAUUAGACUGAAAUUAUCACGUUUUAAUAAAAAGAUACAGAUGUUUUGUGUUGAUUGACAACGGUGUUUAGAUAUGUCUGCGAUGUGUACUAUACAUGCCAUUACAUUGGGAGAUAAUUCUGCAUAAUCUGAGAAACAGCUGUAUGAUGAUCGUUCGCUCCUGCUGCCCGAUAGGUAGCCAAAUCAGUAUGUAUGUUCUUCAGACAUUUUCAAGAUCUCAGCAUCUAGUCAAACUGUUGUAUAACUCUGUCAGGAAAUAUCUAUCCAAGUUGCAAGUUGUAUGUAAAACGGUACGGAAGCCAUUUAGAGUCGUUUCUACAUUAUCUGGAAAUUUCAAGAUCCCUAUCCUGAAAUUCCAAUUUAGUAUUGCAAAAGAACAAGAAAUGGCACUGAAGGGCUUUCGUAAGUUAUGUUAUGAAGAUCAUAGUGUUUUACAGGUGCUCGUUCUUGAGGACAUCGUCACUGGGCCCUGUUUAGCCCGACAUCGUUGUGAGGUGACUCAUUGUACGCGUGAUCCAAGAGCAGUCAGCUGUGAAUGUACCAGAGCGUGCGGGUCUUACUGCAGCAUACCAGUGUGUGAAAUAUCACAGACAUGAAACAGUAGCAUAUCGGUGAUCAUCAUAAUACUAUCUGCUAUAAUAUAAUACCUUUGUUUGUUAUCGUGUAAUCGAUGGACUUUAAUGGCAUGGCUAAUGAUCCAGGAUGCAACCAUCUUCUUCACGGGUUGUAUUAAGUGAUUGGAUGUUCUACAGUUUUAGUCACAAAUGUUUCAGCUAUAUCACGAUGUCCUGUAAGCAAUUUAGAUUUGGGAAGGAAGUAUUUCAGUCCUGAUUGCUGGAGUACAUUAAUACCUUAACAGUUACAAUGUGUCGCCUCAUUACAUGUCGUGAGCUACACGGGGCUCUUCACUUCAGCGAUGACACUCAAAUUUUACGUUAUUCUUAUACAGUUCGUGAACAGCAAGUCUUUACAUGACAAACUGCUUCAGGUGUGAUGUUUUCACUUGUUAAAGCAAAUUACAAUAAUAAACACGCUUUGUAUACAUUGAACAAUGCUGCUAUAGUAUAUAACUAUGAUUAUUAUUCUGUCAUAUUAUGCCAUACCAGGAACGAUAAUGCUAACCAAGAAUGGCGUGUUCGUUAAUUUCUUCUUGGAAAAGCGGAACUGCAACACAAUCAAUUAUGACAUUUUAUAUAUAAAAUAACUCUUUAUUUGACAUGUUCCGAUUUUCUGUUCACGAAAUGUUUCUCUUGUCGAAAAUGUUCACUGAGGUUCCAUGUAUGCGCCUCCGAAAUGGGGAAUUGCACAUCAUAAAAGGGGAAAAUGAAUGCUUCUAUAUUUAUGUUGCGCCUGACAACCUCUCAUCACACUACAUGUUAGCGAUGCGAUUAUCUGUAUCUUGGAAGGUUUCUUCACGGAAUUAGAAAUGUUUUUAGAAAUUUAUCGAAAGUACUCAGAUCCUUAUUAUCAACAUUCAAGUAUGUAUAUACUCACAAACACGUCUCAGUGGUAACGUUAGCCUUAUAUAUAUAAACAUGGAAGAAUUUAAUGUUAGUUGAUGUAAAUGAACACAGGUUCAUGGAACUGGAAGACUGGAGAAUGCUUCUUUUAUACUGGCAACUAAACGGCCACAAGUGUGUGCAGGGCAUCAUACAUCUAGCAUGGUGGGAGGCUUGUGAUGGACACGAGAGUGUCGUGAUACAGAACUAUGCAACAUUAGAACACGUUGUCUUUCCUAGGUAUUAUUGUAUACAGGAAUACUCUGCCCCAUCGGAACCUGUAACUCCUCCAUGUCAUACUGCAAUAAAUCAUUCACGCACUUUA